AUGACGCGUAGUAAGCGAAGUGGAAUGGAGUUCUGCUGCUGCUACCUUCCGCUUGUCAAUGUCGGUGCCUACCUCCUGGUGCUCGAGACGGCGCUUGUAGCGCUUGCUGUCGGCAUCUGCGCCCUGGUGCCACCAUCCAUCGUUGCCGGCGAAGGUGUCAUCCCGUCGUGGUCGAAAGGCCUCAUCGGCGCACUUGGCUUCAUCACACUUGCCUGGCAGCUACUCGGCCUCGUUUCCGUAGCCCGUCAGAUGCCCACUCUCUACCGCACCUACAUCCGCGUCAACUUCGUCCUCACGCUCGCCGUCAUCGUCGCGGCGGUGGCGUUCCUCGUCGUCGCCGGUGUCCAGCACAACAAAGCCGUUACCACAUGCGUCGCCACCUACGGCGUGAUCCCGUCCAACUCGAACGCUGCCUCGUCGAUCUCAGUGUCGAGUCUGGGCCAGGACGCGGAUGCCUUCUCGCAAUCUGGACGCCAGAUCUGCAACAUCUUUGUCUGGGCGCAGACGGGCGUCAUGGGCGGACUGAUUGUGCUGAUGGGUCUGACGCAAUUCUACAUGCUCGCGGCGCAGCGCGCAUACGGUGGCGAGCAGAGACAGGCGUUCCGCGACAGCAAGGCGAGCUACCAGGACAUCCCCAUGAAUCCGAGGGACUCGGGCGUCUGGGAGCCUAGGGCAAAUGAUCCAUACGCUCCUCACCAGCCAACAUACGGCAAUGGAGGCGGCUACGAUUCGUACGCUGCUCCACACGGUGAUCAGUAUGCGCACAAGCCUUACUAG